GGUGGGAGUUUGUGGCAAUAUUCACCACUUCGAUGGUGUGAAGUUCUGAAAUUCCCAAAAAUAUUUCCAGCAAAUACUCAUUUCGUCCGAAUUAAUAGUAUCCCGGGGGCGAUUGUUUAGCUAAAAAAAUUUGAUACUGUACUACUCGUGCCGUCUGCCGACUAGCUGGCACAUGGUGUCAGCCGCCGCUACAGUUCCACGCUCUUCCUUAAACGCGUAGCACUUGCCUUUCCAUACUAGUCAAGUCAUAUUUAGACAGACAGAGAGGGAGACAGAAAUUAUACGGAGUAGUUGUUUUCUGACUUCAAACAAAAGAACCCGCCAACACGCCUCCUCCUCACAUCCUCUCUCUAUCUCUCUCUAUCUCUCUCCAAUUGUAACCAUACGUCUCGCGUCGUAAAUUCGGAUCGUUUAAAGCUUUCCACAGAGUCGAUUGAACGAGGGAUUUUUGGGUUUAGGGUUUCAGAGAGAUGGCUCCCGAGGAUAAAAAACAAGGAGGCGGUUUCUUCGCCUCGAUCACUUCCAGCCUCUCCAAUUUCGGCAAAACCGUCAAUGGUAUGUUAGGUUAUGAAGGCCUGGAAGUUGUAAAUCCUGAAGGGGGAACUGAAGAUGCUGAAGCCGAAGCACAAAGAGGAAGAUGGAAACAAGAGGAUCGGGACAGCUAUUGGAAGAUGAUGCAGAAAUAUGUAGGCUCUGACAUCACAUCAAUGGUCACACUCCCAGUUCUCAUUUUUGAGCCAAUGUCUAUGCUUCAGAAAAUGGCAGAGUUGAUGGAGUACUCCUACCUUUUAGAUUUAGCAGAUGAAUGUGAGGAUCCCUAUAUGCGAUUGGUGUAUGCUUCAUCUUUCUUCAUAUCAGUCUACUAUGCCAUCCAACGAACCUGGAAACCAUUUAAUCCGAUUCUUGGUGAAACUUAUGAAAUGGUCAAUCAUGGAGGCAUUACGUUUAUUGCAGAACAGGUUAGCCAUCACCCUCCGGUGGGUGCUGGACAUGCUGAAAAUGACCAUUUUGUAUAUGACAUAACUUCAAAGGUGAAGACCAAAUUAUUAGGAAACUCAGUUGAAGUCUAUCCUCUUGGAAGGACACGAGUGACCCUUAAAAGGGAUGGUGUAAUCCUAGAUUUGGUGCCUCCUCCCACAAAAGUUAGCAACCUGAUAUUUGGACGAACUUGGAUUGAUUCACCCGGUGAGAUGAUCUUGACAAACCUGACCACGGGGGACAAAGUAGUGAUGUAUUUUCAACCUUGCGGCUGGUUUGGUGCUGGUCGCUUUGAAGUGGAUGGAUAUGUCUAUAAUGCAGCUGAAGAACCCAAAAUGUUGAUAACUGGUAAAUGGAAUGAGUCAAUGAGUUAUCAACCUUGUGACGUAGAGGGGGAACCUCUGCCAGGCACUAAACUGAAAGAGGUCUGGAGAGUUGCUGAAGCUCCUAAAGAUGACAAAUUUCAGUACACAUAUUUUGCACACAAGAUAAAUAGCUUGGACACUGCGCCUAAGAAGUUACUGGCAUCAGAUUCUCGCUUGCGUCCUGACAGAUAUGCACUUGAGAAGGGUGAUUUGUCCAGAGCUGGUUCAGAAAAGAGCAGACUGGAGGAGAGACAGAGAGCUGAAAAAAGAAUUAAAGAGACGAAGGGCCUGCAACAUACUCCAAGAUGGUUCGACCUGACCAGUGAAAUUGCUCCUACACCUUGGGGUGAAUUGGAAGUAUAUCAUUACAAUGGCAAGUAUGAUGAACAUCGGGCUGCCAUGGAUGGCUCAGGCGACAUUGAGGAGAUUGACAUCAGAUCGACAGAGUUCAAUCCCUGGCAGUUUGGAAACUUGGCUACAGAAUGAGAGAUGCAUCUUGUGUUUGCCUGUAUAAUUUUCUUAUAGCUUUUUUAUUUUAUGCCAAUUGGCUCUGAUUUUUUUCAGUUGGUGUGUUUGAAUUUUUCUGAAGCAACCUUGCAACAAGAUACAUAUUCCUUAACGUCGGUUAAAGAAGAUUACAUGCGUUUGUGGUUUAAACAAGUCAGAGUUAAAUAGAAGGGUACAUGAACUUU